AAAACAGAAAUAAAAGGGGAAGUCAUCGGCAUUAAAGUGAGAGAGCGGGGCAACAGGGAAGAAGCAAUACAACCAAAGACUACACAAAAGCCAGACACAGCCAUCUGGGAGCAGGAGGGGAGCCAUGGCCAGCGAAGAAGAGAGCGCGGUGAAGGAGCCUCUCGAUCUCAUCAGACUCAGCCUCGACGAAAGAAUCUAUGUUAAACUUCGCUCCGACAGAGAACUCAGGGGAAAACUGCACGCAUAUGAUCAGCACUUGAAUAUGAUACUAGGGGAUGUUGAAGAAAUCAUUACUACAGUUGAAAUUGAUGAUGAGACUUAUGAAGAGAUUGUUCGGACUACAAGGCGCACGGUUCCAUUUCUCUUUGUGAGAGGAGAUGGUGUGAUAUUAGUUUCUCCACCGCUAAGAACUGCUUGAUAAGGAGCGCUUGGUGUGCACUUUGUUUUCAGUUGGGAACUCUCUCAGAAACUAUGUUCAUGUUAAGCUGAUGAAUGAGGAUAGAAAUGAAAUUCAGUUGGUUUUCCUGAUUGUGCAUUAUCAAUUUAUCAUUGCCUUGUCCAAUCUAUAUGCUGAUAUCAUUUACUCCUGGAGAAAUAUAUAAAGAUGGACUGCAUCUAUCAUCCGUUCA